AUGGGCGCUGUCGGGGGCGUGGCCUGGCUCCCGGUGGCGGCGGGGCCCACGUGCGGCGGCAGCAUGGCGGCGGCGGCGGGCGGCAGGCGCGCCAAGGGCCCGCGCGGCGCGGCGGCACGGCGGCGGCCGGCGGCACCGGGCGCCGAUGGGAGAGCGCGGGCGACGGCCGGUCGGCCCGCCGACGAGGAAGUGUCUAGCGACUCUGAGACAGAGAGCCCGUUGCUGGGGCGGCGGCGGCGAGAGGCAGCGGAGGAGGAGGUGGAGGAGACGCCGCAGGAGAAGAAGCUGCGCUUGGCCAAGCAGUACCUGGAGGAGCUCCGCCAGCUCGAGGAGGAGCGGGCGGAGGACGAGGAGGAAUUCGAGCCCGCGGAUCUCAUCGGUGACCGGCUGAAGGAGGACGUGUUGGAGCAGAGAGGCCGGCUGCAGCGCCUGGUCGCCAAAGAUGUACAGCCUCCAGAUCCAGCCAGGAUCUGUGUGCUGCGGGGACACCAGCUGCCUGUUACCUGCCUCGUCAUCUCUCCUGAUGACAGAUUCAUUUUUUCUGCUUCCAAGGACGGCUCCCUCAUCAAAUGGGAGGUGGACAGUGGGAAGAGGCUGUGCGUGGUGCCCGGGGGGAAGAAGGGCACGGAGGAGCAGCACAUGGGGCACGCAUCCCAAGUCCUUUGCAUGGCCAUUUCGUCGGACGGCAAGUACCUGGCUACGGGAGACAGGAACAAGCUGAUCAUGAUCUGGGAUGCAGCCACCUGCAAGCGCCUGCACAUCUUCAGAGGGCACCGCGACGCCGUCUCAGGCCUGUCCUUCCGAAAGGGCACACACCAGCUGUACAGCGCUUCCCACGACCGCUGCGUCAAGGUCUGGGACGUGGCUGAGAACGCAUACGUGGAGACCCUGUUCGGGCACCAGGACAUCAUCACAGGGCUGGACAGCCUGAGCCGGGAGUGCUGCGUGACAGCGGGGGGGCGGGAUGGCACCGUGCGGCUCUGGAAGAUCCCUGAGGAAUCACAGCUCAUCUUUUGUGGGCACCAGGGCUCCAUCGACUGUAUCCAGCUCAUCAACGAGGAGCACAUGGUGUCUGGUGCUGAUGAUGGGUCUUUAGCCCUGUGGGGGCUGACGAAGAAGAAGCCGCUGGCACUGGCUCGGCAGGCGCACGGAGAGCAGGACAGCCAGGGCCUGCAGCAGCCCUACUGGAUCUCAGCCGUGGCUGCCCUGCGCAACAGCGACCUCCUGGCCACAGGAUCCCACAGCGGCAGUGUGAAGCUCUGGAAGUGUGGCGAAGGAUUUCGGAAGCUGGAGCACCUCUUGGACAUUCCCUUGGUGGGUUUUGUCAACAGCCUCAAGUUCUCAGCAGCUGGUGACUUCCUGGUGGCUGGCACUGGGCAGGAGCACCGGCUGGGUCGGUGGUGGAGAAUCAAAGAAGCCAAAAACAGUAUCUGCAUCAUCCCCCUGAAGCAGAAGACCGCAGCCUCCAGCCCUGAAUCCCCUGGCAGCUCCUAGCCCUCUGUCCCUGGAGCCACUGGAGCAGGUCAUUCUGUCCCUGUAGCUGUGCCUCCCAUCCCUGGUGCAGCCACCACUGGUCAGCAGGACAUGAGUGGGGGUUGGCACAUGGCCCCUGAUUCUGCUGGCCCCCAUGUGUUGAUGUGGCUCUGCCCUCUGCGAGGGUCUGUUCCCUUCUCUCAGGUUUGGCUGUACCUGAGCUCUGGAACAAUCCAUUUUGUAAAAAAAAACAACACCAAAACCACUUUAUUUACAUAAAUUACAAAAAAAAAAAAAAAAAUCACACUUUUGUUCACAGAAAAAGUCUACUCUUAAAAACUUGGUUGGGCUCAAAUACCUGGAUCCUGUUGCUUGCCCUGAGCCUCCUACACCCCCUGGGCUCUGCAGGGGUUGGGGUCAGCGGGCAUUUGUCUGCCCCUACUCCUGCCCUGUGUCCCAGUAAGGGAUGAAAGGUGCCACACACAGUGAGGGAAGCAAUGUGGGGGCUUGGGCCCGGCCCAGCCACGCUCAGUGGCUCUCCUGAGGCCAAAACCAGGAGGAAAACGUGAAAAUGCAAAGCACUAGGGAGGGAAAGGGUGAUGUGGUCCAAGGCUUGGCACAGGGGUGAUGGGAAAGGCAUCGUGCUGGGAAGGUGAGGUGGGCUUUGGGGCGAGGGCACUGUGUGGCACCACAGCGAGGGAGUGGGAGGUGCAGCGUGGAUUGGUGCAAGCCAAAAGCAGGAGGUGGGAUGUGGCUGGAGAGGGAGUGGAGUAGUGCUCUGGGGCUGGGGCAAGGGGCAGGGAUCUGCCCCGGGGCUCGGUGCAGGCAGGUCUGCACCAGGCUCAGCGCAAGGGACAAGGAGAGGGUAUUUGUGCCCCAGCUCAGUGCGAGGUCCGUGCCAUGUGCACUACGGCUCAGUGCAGGGGGUGGGGGGACAUUCACCAUGGCUCAGUGCAGGGCUGUGGGGGCACGAUGGCUCAGUGCAGGUGACGCAGAGGGACGUGCCAUGGCUCAGUGCGAGGGCCGGGGACGUGCGCCGUGGCUCAGCUCAGGGAGGGGGAUGUUCACCAUGGCUCGGUGCAGGGUGUGGAGGACAGGGUACAUGUAAGGUGGCUCAGUGCAAGGGAAGGCUGACACUACCAUGACCCGACAUGUGGGAUGUGUAGCUCGUGCUGGGGCAGUGACUGAGCCUCCCGGCUACACCUGGCACCUCAGUGCUGC